AUGCUUCUCCUCGACUAUCAGAACGCUCUCAUCCAGUCGGUGCUCACCGAGAGGUUCUCAGGUGCCCCGCCCGUCCAUAUCGACCAGACCGUAUCCGACUUCGAUGGCGUUACGUUCCAUAUCUCGACUCCUGAAGUAAAGACGAAGAUUCUACUGUCUCUCCAGAUUCGAUGCUUCAAAGACUUGGCCAAGUAUGGCGCUGAGCAGGUCCUCCAACGGGAAUAUGGACAAUAUGUUGUUCCAGCUGAAGUUGGAUACGACUUCUCGGUGCUGAUCGACCUCGAGAACCUACCAGAGUCCAAGGAGGAACGCGACGCGUUGGCGAUGCAGUUCGCUCUACUGAAGCGCCAUGCCAUGGCUGCCCCGUUCGAGCAAGCAUACGAAGAGCACUACAAGCUGAAAGAGGAGGCAUCCAAAUUUAGCUCAGAGGAGGCGCCCAAGGGUGUCAUGGAGGGAGGAGAGGUCAAAGCCAUCCACUACCGAGAGGAGGAGGCCAUUUAUGUAAAGGCCAGCCACGAUCGUGUUACCGUCAUCUUCAGCACCAUCUUCCGAGAAGAAACCGAUAGAGUGUAUGGAAAGGUCUUUAUUCAGGAGUUUGUCGAUGCCCGACGACGAGCUAUCCAGAAUGCUCCCCAGGUGCUGUUCCGAAACGACCCCCCACUGGAGCUGCAGGGCGUUCCUGGAGUACGAGAUACCGGCUCCGGAGAAAUCGGAUAUGUUACUUUCGUUCUCUUCCCAAGACACCUGACUCCCCAGCGAAUGGCUGCCGUAAUCUCCCACAUCCAGACAUUCCGAGACAACUUCCACUACCACAUCAAAGCCUCCAAGGCAUACAUCCACUCUCGAAUGAGGAAGCGAACCGCGGAUUUCCUGCAAGUGCUGCGUCGUGCGCGUCCCGAUAACGAGGAACGAGAGAGAAAGACGGCUAGCGGCAGAACAUUCAAGCCAGCAGCUCGGCCUCUAAACUUGGACCCUAAACCAAACACUCUCGAGGCCGAAGUCGACCUACGGGUCGCAAAUACAAUGGUAUGGCCAUUUGGAGCCUCAGCACCCAAAAAAGACACGGAUCAUGAGGAUCGGCCCAAGAAGAGACCUGUUUCCUGGUCAGAUUCUUUAAGAAGUAGCGAGGCUGGGCCCCUGGAAGCCGCCAAAGCAUGGGCACCCAUGGUUGGAUUUUCCUUGGUAGGCCUCGCCGCACUGCAGCUAUAUGCGAACUACCUGAGGCGUAUCCCAGGAGCAGCCUAUGUACGGCCAAACUUUUUUCGCAAUCGGAGCUUGUACGGCAAAGUUACGAGUGUUGGCGAUGGCGACAACUUCCAUCUGUUCCACACACCUGGCGGGAAAGCUGUGGGCUGGGGAUGGCUUAGAAAGGUCCCUGAGUCAAGAAAGGAGCUCAAGGGACGGACUAUACCAAUCCGCAUUGCCGCGGUUGAUGCGCCAGAGGGAGCGCAUUUUGGAAAGCCAGCACAACCCUACUCUGACGAGGCCCUGCAGUGGCUCCGAAGCUACAUCUUGCACCGAAAUGUGCGCGCAUACAUCUACAAGACGGACCAAUACGAGCGGAUCGUGGCUACUGUCUACGUCCGCAGGUUUCUCUUCCGUAGGAAUGUCGGACUCGAGAUGAUCAAGAGUGGACUGGCCACCGUAUACGAAGCCAAGAGCGGCGCCGAGUUUGGGGGUCUGAAAGAACGAUAUGAGAGGGCAGAGGCCAAGGCAAAGAGAAAACGCAAGGGAAUGUGGGCGGGGGAUCCAAAGGCCUAUGAGAGUCCAAGGGAGUACAAGACAAAGUGGGCGUCGCAGCAAGGCAAAGAAUAA